GAGUUCAAUCUGAAGAAGAUGUGGCCCUCACCUAACGGCACCAUCAGAAACAUAUUGGGCGGCACUGUCUUCAGGGAACCAAUUAUAUGCAAAUCCAUUCCACGACUAGUGCCCGGUUGGACACGUGCUAUCGUUAUUGGCAGACAUGCUUUCGCUGAUCAAUACCGGUGCCAAGAUUUACAAAUCAAUGGUCCGGGAAAAGUAGAACUUAUAUACACUCCGGCCGACGGCACUAAACCAAACGUAAUGGAAGUCUAUAACUUCGAGGGAAAGACAGCGAGUGGUGGCGUAGCCCUCAGUAUGUACAACACCACUGAGUCAAUCACUGGUUUCGCGUACUGUUGCUUCGAGUACGCCCUCAGCAAGAAAUGGCCACUUUAUUUGAGUACCAAAAACACUAUUCUUAAGCAAUACGACGGCAGGUUCAAAGAUGUCUUC